AUGAGCAAAAUUCAGAAAGUUACCCUUCUUGGUAAAGGAACCCUCGGAUCGGCAGUUCUUGAACAACUACUUAAUGCCGGCUUCACUGUUACCGUUCUCAGCCGGACACCUGACUCCGUCAAGGGCCUUCCGUCCGGCGUCAAGGUCGACAGAGUCGACUAUUCGUCUGUCGAAAGCCUCGCAACUGCCCUUCGAGGCCAAGACGCCGUCGUCUCUACCGUCGGGCCUGGAGCCCUCAGUAGCCAGAAACUGACGAUUGAGGCGUGCAUUCUGGCUGGGGUCAAGCGGUAUAUUCCGUCCGACUAUGGUGCGAUAACCACCGAUCCGAAGGCGCAAACACUCCCCAUCAACCGUUCAACGGUCGAGAUUCAGCAAUACCUCGCAGAAAAGGCCCGAUCGGGGGAUUUGGAAUACACAGUAUUAGCUACGGGGCCUUUCCUCGAUCUCCUGAUCUCUUGGCCAUUCGCCGUUGAUUUUCAGAACAGGUCGGUGGAACUAUUUGAUGGCGGUGUGCAUCCUUUCAGCACGACGCGCCUAGCCACCAUCGGAAAGGCAAUAGCAGGCGUCCUGAGGAAUACCGAAGCAACCAAAAACCGGGUGGUUUACGUACAUGAUAUCGUCCUGACACAGGCCAAAAUUUUAGCAUUGGCGAAGAAAUACUCAGCGCCCGGGGAGAAGUGGACCGAAACGGUAGUCGAUUCCCAAACCGAACUUGACAAGGCGCUUGAUGGCAUUGCAAAGGGCGGACUUGACCAACGGAAAUCAAUGGCUUUAAUCAAGGCCGCGCUUUUUUCCGGAAAAUACGCAACCGAGUAUAAGUCUGUAGACAAUGAGCUUCUCGGCUUGGGAUUCCUCAGCGAAGAGGAGCUGGAUGCAAUGUUCGCUGCAAAAUCCAGCUAA